AUGGUGCUGUUCAUGCCAUAUCUUCACUGGGAGACCGACAGGGGCCGCGCUCGAUCUGCCAAGAUUGUCAAAGGAGCCCGCAAAUACAAUCUGAGUUCCAUCAGGGACGUGGUCGACCGGGCCAAGAAUCGGCUCGCUCGCACCGAAACCCAUGUUACCGUCGCACCGUCCUGGGAAUCGCAGCCACAGCCCUCCACGCCUGGGCAGCAUAUCGACAGGAGAAGGGCGCUCGGGCAUGCCCUCCGGUGCGCGUCUGCGCUUCUGGAAGCGAUGAAUUCGCAUGUUGAAGAACAGCUGACGAUGAGGUAUCUGCACGCCGAGCCACCCUUGCACCCGAGAAGAACCCUCGAUCAGGCGUAUUACGGGGUUCUCAGGAGUACAGGUGCUCGAGACAGAGAUCAAGCGGUGUACCGAGGAACGACCACCCAACCACACCAGUGCGUCGGGCCGGAGGCUUGUCCACAGUGCAAAGAAGACAUCCGCAAGACGCCUCGAAUCCUGAUGGUGGAUCAGCUCUGGCUCUGGUGCCUAGAUGAGAAAACAAUUAUUACCAGCUUCCCACGUCGCUGGGGCCGAAACAGACCAGAUUCCUCGGCAAUCUACAAGAGCCUGGGCACACGGCUUCGACAUGCACGCCGCGGCGAGAGUUCGUCCGCCUACGACCUCGCCCUGAUGAUUAUAGACGAGACUUCUCGAGUGUUCUUUGACAGAACCAAAACCGAUACGGAUCAGCCCAACCUUGUCGAGCUCUUCAACGCUGCUAUCCGCGAUCUGACCUACAAGCAGACGGCCGCGUUCAACCAGCUUCUCAUCUACACGCAUCUUGCUUCUCGCGACUACCGGCGCCAGCGAUACCUGUCGUCUGACGGCCCGACACAGAACCAUCUCCUCAACAUCAACCCGGAGGGCGAGCUGCUCAAGGAGGUCAAGGACACCCAGGACGAGCUGCACAUCAUGAUCCGCAUCAAGGAGCAGCACCAGGCGGUUGUGGAGAGCUUUGUCAAGCACAUUCGACGGGCAGUCACGCCUCUUGUCCGCGCCCAUCGCCCCUUUGCCGCGCAGACGUCGCCGGGAUGGGAUGCGGCACUCGGCGCCGCAUCGCUCGAGCGCAGCGGUCUUCACCACUCUCAGGACCCGGACCUGGGUGGCAUCCGCGAGGAACAACAACGCCAGAGCGCCCAGCGCACUCUGAACAAAACCGACGUCCUCCUCGAGGACAUCGACGAGAGGAUCGGCGAGCUCCGCGCCCUGCAGCAAAACGCCCAAAACACCUCCUCAGCGCUCAAGGACCUCCUGACGCUCAAGCAGCAUCAGGCCGGCGUGAUCGAGGCGCGCGAGGCGGUCAAGCAGGCGUAG